AUGUGCGCCGACAGCACUGCCGGACAUGCUCUCUCUGGGACUCUCCGUGUCUCUGCUGGCCGUAUCCUGCGCGCUGUGGCCGCCUGCCGUCCCGGCGGCGGCCGCCGAGCGCUGUGCCAGUCCAUGCCGUGGAACAUGACCAAGAUGCCGAACCACCUCCACCACAGCACGCAGGACAACGCGGUGCUGGCCAUCGAGCAGUUUGAAGGGCUGUUGGGCACUGGCUGUAGUGCAGAUUUGCUCUUCUUCCUGUGUGCCAUGUACGCUCCCAUCUGCACCAUCGACUUCCAGCAUGAGCCCAUCAGACCCUGCAAGGCGGUGUGUGAGCGGGCGAAGUCUGGCUGUGAGCCGGUGAUGAAGCGUUACAACCACAACUGGCCGGAGAGCCUGGCCUGCAGCGAACUGCCACUGUACGACCGCGGAGUCUGUAUCUCUCCUGAGGCCAUUGUCAAGGCAGAGGGACCAGAUCCAUACUACCAGGACCCUGCCAGGUGUAACCCAGAGUCCAGCUCAGACUUUCCAAUGGACUACAGCAAUGUCCACUGCAGAGGAUCGAGUGCAGAUCGCUGCAGCUGUCAGACAGUCAGAAUGUCUUUGAAAACCUAUCGGAAGAACAACUACAACUACGUGAUCAGAGCGAGGGUGAGGGAGGUGAGGAAUCGCAGUCUGGAGCCCACGGCGGUGGUGGAGGUGAAGGAGGUGCUGAAGUCUUCUCUGGUCCACAUUCCCAAGGAUACACAGACGCUCUACUACUCGUCCUCCUGCCUGUGUCCUCCCCUGACUCCAGGGGAGGAGUACCUCAUUAUGGGCUAUGAGAACAAGGAGACAUCCAGGUUGCUCCUGAUUGACGGCUCCAUUGCUAUGAAGUGGAAGGACAAACUGGGCAGGAAAGUCAAGAGAUGGAAUCAGACGCCGGGAAGAGGCUGAGCACCUCAGCGCCAGUCGCCACUGAGAUUUGACGUGUGUGUGGUUGUGCGUGUGUGUGUGCGCAUGUGUGUGUAGAUAUUGCACUAUCACAGGCUGUUGUAGCUGAAUGUAGUUCAUCGCUCCAUCUGUUUGGAGUUUGAUUUUCGUCAUUUAUUUUUCUUUGCACAGACAUUAUUUAGUGUGCAUUUAGUGUGUGUUUAUCGGUGUGUGGGUGCAUGUAUGUGUGUCUAAACCUAAAGCACACAAUAAACACAAGAGCGUGGAUGUAAGCUGUAGUACUAAACCUACACAGUAUGUAUGUGACACUUUUUAAAAGCAGAGUUCUUUUUCAGUGGCGGCCAUGUUGGCUCCAUGGUGACAGUCUUUUAAUAUUCCUGGAUGUUGGACAGUUAAAUGAUACGAAAGCCAUUUGGACUAUGAAAGGUCUGUAAUCAUGACGUAAACUUUAUUGAACUGAAGAAAAGGAGAUUAUUCACAAUCUGUCAGACAGCAGCAUCAGAAGCAGCAGAGGGAUCCUGGCGUGGACAGAUCACUGGAUGGAUCACUGGAUGGAUCUACUGAGCACAGGCCCACGGGACAGAGCAUCUCCAGUGCCUGGCAGUGCUUCGUUUGGGGAAACUCCAAUCAUUCAACUACAAAUGGAGACGAAACGACCACAGGGACACAGAAUUGUCACAGAGACUCAAAUCGACUACAAAGACACAGAGAAUGACUCUCGUUUUAUUGUGCCCCAACUACAGCAAACGACAGACAUCCAUGUUACCAACUGUUUGCUCAGGUCAUCUGUUGGACAGUUGCUGGAAAUCUGAUGCUUGUACCAUGAGGAAAACUUUUUCUGUGUUUGACUGUGAUCAACUAUUAGUUUGAUUCAUGUUAAGAAAAAAAAAAGUCCUGUAGCUGCUCUGUGGGUUGGACCUCACUUACAUUCUGUGGCACUUACGAUCUUAAUGGAAAUUUACAAAGCUGUGGAGAUGCAUGAGGAAACCGAAGGACCAAAAUGUAACUUUUAGAUAUUUGAUCAUUUAAAUUCCAUUUUAAAAUUA